UCUUUAAGCUAUUUAGCAAAUGACUCAAAGACCGUGCUCAGACGAGGAGCGCAUUAGGCAGGCCCUACAUGAUCAUCAGCAGAGCAACAUCCCUAUAUCUGACCAUGAUCUUGGACUGCUUCAAGACAUAUUCCCAUCCCUCCUGAGAGGGACUCAGACUCAGAGACCAGGGAAUCAGAAUCAGAGACCAUCUCCAGACAAGGAGCUCAUAAAACAGGUCCUACAUGACCGUCAACGGAGCAACAUUUCCAAUCCUAUAGCUGAUCAUGAAUCUAGUUUACUGGUGAAUUCUCCUGGACAAGAACAGUCGGUUGGUCGUAUGAACCAGUCAUUUUCUCGAACUAAGAUCGCUGCUAGUUUGCCUCAUUCGGAGAAAAAUAUCAUGGAUGAUGCUAAGAAGCAGCUGUUUAUGGAGCAAGAAGAUGAAGAAGACUUCUUGGUUGGGAAACACCACACACUACUGCAAGCUUUAUCUGAACAGCAACACGAACUGAAACGUCUUGAAACCAAACAGAGAGAACUGAUACAACUGAAGGAGCAGGCAGAAGAGAGACUGGCUGAUGCUAACGAGAGUGCUGCUAGAACUAUCCAGGCUGUUUCUAAUGAUGGAACUCCAAAGAAGAUGCAUUCUAAAUACAAUAUGAGGGAAAUACCGCACGAAAUAGAACAAGUUAAAGAAGGUAACCUGAGUUUAGUAGAGUACGAUGAGUCUGAUAACGAGGAGGAUAUUGAAGAGUUCGAGCCACUGACUCUGGACAGUAACCAGUUUGAUGUGCUCCAGAAGAAACUUGCUGAUCUUAAUAAACGGCAGAAGGAUCUCGAGCAGAAGUCAAAGAAUAAUCAGAACAUAGCAAACAACAGCUUCAAGCAAGUCAACAUAUCAUCUGAACAAGAAGAAGAAGAAGAAAAAGAAGCUGGAUAUGAGAAGACAGGUCAUGCAACAGAGACUGACUACGAAGAGUUGUGCGGUAAAGUGGAGGAAUUGAGGGAGAGGAAACAAUAUAUGGACCAGCUCCUUUCUUAUUACAGUUUACUAAAAGACAGCAACAGUGAAUCUAAGGAAUUAAUAGAUGAUAAAAGUGUUCUGACAAAAAGCCAGGAACAGUUCGGAGAGCCAUCAGAAAGAGAUAGGGAACUGCUAGACAACAUCAACUCUUUCCAAGCUAGAGCUCAACCAACAGAAGAAGAGCUAAACUACCUAAAUAAACAAAGGGAGAGCCACAAUAAGCAGGGACACAAUAAUAAGGACCACAAGAAGAAGCAGAAGAAGAAGAAGGAUCCUACUAAACAGAAAGAGAAACCUAUUGUUAUUGAGGAAAUUAACACACCAGGUGUAGAAGCAGUUAUUAUUGAGGAGUAUACAGAUGCAAGACAUGGGGACCAAGGUCUUGAUUCAUUUAUUAACCAAGGACUAAGAGAUAAACAAGAACUUGAAGAGAAGAUUAGAAGACAGAAGGAAAAUGAGGAGCAGAAAAUGAGCGGCAUUCAGGCGAUGAGAGACCAGCUGUCUCGUAUACAAGUAGAAAUGGGGACCAUGUCCUUUAACGACACAGACUCCCAUGAGGACAUAUCCUCCAAACUAGCGGGGCUAGAGAACACCAGGAACAGAGUAAAGGAGCUGAGAGAGAGACUAUCUCUCUUUGAGGAGAGUGACGUAGAAAAAGCAGCAGUUCCAGCACCUGCUAGCGAUGAGGAGAAACUGCAAGCUCUACUUAGAGCCCAGGAGAAACUAAAACACUUACACAUGCUCGCUUCAAAAGUUAAAGAGGCUCGAGCUGGCGGCCAAGGUAUUCCUGCAGAGGUUCUAAAUGAAAUUAGUCUUAUAGUCCCAAAAGAUCAGGAAUCGGCCGAAGAAGAUGAUGAAAGUAUUGCUGAAGAAAGCGAAGAAAUUGAAGAACAGAAUACGUCAACUGAUGAGAGAUUGAGUGCUUUACUUAGGAGAAAACUUGAGUUGGAAACUGUCCAGAAUGAACUAAAGCAGCUCAGAGAUCAGCAGAAAUUACUUUCAAAUAUGGAACAGACUAAUGGAAUAGAAGGAUCUAGAGUUGUGCCAGAGUGUGACCGGGAACUGCUGUGGGAAAGUCUCCGUGAGAAACAGGCCGCUCAACUGGACAGGCUGAAGAAGAGUGAACCCAAAUACGAUGGUGACUCUAAUGACGGGUUCACAACACGUGCUACCUGGGGAGGCAGCAGCAUCAGGAGUGUGGAGACAGCUGACCUGAUGGCAGCAGAAAGGGACGAUAUUGAGGGAGGACAGUAUCCUGACAAGACUAUUGAUAGUGAGGAGGAAAAGGAAGGUGACACGAAGGAGGCACGUGAUGCGAGACUGCUGUACGAGAUAGAGACAAACUACUGGAUAGAGCACUGCAAACAGCUCAGUAAGCAGCUUGCAGAGAGGACCCAUACUAUUCAUGUGUUACUCGGAGAUAAACCAGCUAGACGCAGCCAAGCAACAGAGGACCAUGUUGAUGGUAAACCAGAGCUAUAUGCGAGGAUAGAACAACUGACAGUUGAAAACGACGCUCUUCACUCAGAACUAAACGAAGUGUACGGUAUGGACGCCUUCCAGGACGGGGUACCAGGCAAACGUAGAGCUGGUAACCAUGGCGACAGAGCUGGUAACCAUGGCGACAGUGAGUUUAGCACUCCUAACGAGAAGAGUAGGGCGUACCACGAGCGUUCUUACGCCGAUAAAACCUAUUCUAACUACUCCGGAUACUCCGGAUACUCUACACCCUACUCCCCUAAUCCGCACAGAAACUUCCGGAAACCGGUCACUCCGUCAGCGUUCCCGCAGUACCCCAUGGGACCAUGGCACAGUCAUUACAAUCCUUAUAUGCCUCCUCCUCCUCCUCCUCCUCCACAUCCGUCUUACUAUUAUCCUUACCAUCAUCCCAGGGAAUUUACUCCACAUUCAGAGUACAGCGCCAGCCCGGGAGCAGGAGGCCACUUUGGAGGCAUGUACCCUCCAUCCCAACCUGACCAGUACCACUACCCUGACCCCUCCCAUCACACUGGUCCUCACGGGAGCAGGUGGCCAUUUUUCCCUUCCUUUUACGAACCAUCGUUUUACGAAACGCCGCCAACAGACCCAAACUCCCCUUUUGUAACGAGAGCAGAGGAAAAGAAAAGUGAGAAGCAGAAAAAUGGAGAGCAGAACAAGAACAGUAAGAACGUGUCGUUCUCCUUGUCUCAGAUAAAAACAUCUGGAGACACAAUCAGCACUCAAUACCCAACACCCAGGAAACACGAGGCAUACAAGAAAUUAGCAGAGUCAAGUAAUACCACACCAAAGGAGGAUGACGUCAUCAGAGUAGAUGAUGACGUCAUUAGCGUGUCCUCGACAGACUCCUCGGUUUCACUGCAGAUAGUAGAUGAGGUGGAGGGGGACCCCGAGGAGAAGGGGACAGGAAGAUCUGCUUUUGAGGGACUUCAGAACACUGUUUAUAGCGAGGUUGCCAGUCUCAUAUCUGCCAACGAGACUAGACCUCACUACUUAAUAGAACUGGUCAGAGAACUCUCAGGUCUUGAGAACGACUAUCUGAGACAGCGACACUUGUACAUGUUGCGUGACUUGCGGGGUAGUUUCCUCAACAACAGCCAGCAAGAAGGACAAAGUGACAAGAAGAACCCUGGCUCUGCUGCUGCGACGUGGCUAAAAGAGAACAACUGGAGCUUGUUCUCAGCGAGCGAGGCCACACCCUCCAACAACUCUAUCAUCAGUGACGUGGAUAAUGAGUACGAGAGAGAAGCCAGUAAGAUAAAAGACGCAGAGUACGACUACCUGGAGAGUGUGGAGAACCUCAGCUCUGUAUCCACCAGCAACUCCCACCCCUUUGCUUCGGAGAGUCUGGGUAGCACGGCUAUUAACCUGAGUAGUGACCUGGCAGAUGUGAGGAGGAGGGAGGAGAUGGAGAAGCGACUAGAAGACGUGGUGCAGGAGGUGAUAUCAAAGUACGGAGUGAGACGAAGUGAGAGUAGUAGUGCUGCUGAUAACACUAGCGAGUGCGAGGAUACAUCCGAGAUAGAAUCGUCCUUCUCGCUCCUGGAACAGGAGGUGAAGCGUGUUAUGAUCCAAGUUAUCCCGCUCCUGCGGGACCACAUGUCCGAACCCCUAUCAUCUGCUAUUCAACUCAACAUAGCCGCUACCAUCAUCAGAUCCACUGCUUCUGUCUUUGAUAACGAUCAGAUCUCGGAGAACUUUGCCAGUAAUCUGACGGGUGCCAUGAAGAAGUAUGAGGGAGACAGUGUACAGGACUGUGCGCACAACAUCAUUGUGGAUCUCAGUGAGGUAUUGUUCCAAGACGUGAACGCAUCUCACAUUAUAGUAGACGAGGAUGAGGAGAGUGUUGAGGAGGAAUCAGGAGACGAGGAAGAGCUGGUGCUGGAGAACGGACACACCCCCACUCCGCAGGACAUUCGGGCUAGGUUCCUGGCUUCUACCGGGGUUGGAUAUGACGAGUCAGACGACCCUGAGCUGGAGUACUCUGACACUGUUGGGAACGAGGUGGAGUGCGCAGUUAGUAACACGCAGGACGAGGAGGACGAUGAAGAGGAGGAGUUGAUGAUAGUCGAGGAAGACGAACCUGUACAACCCAGAUUUAGUGAAACAGGAGAGCUGUUCAGUGACGGAGGAGACAUGUCGGACAUUGUAGAACUACCUGUUACUGAAGAUGAGAGUAAUGAUGACGUUCCUGUUAAAGAACUUAGCUCUGACAACAUUCUCACCGUAGAGGACCUGCCUUGCAGACUGAACAUCCCGGGCGUAGUCCCCAGUUACAGAGAUGCAGUAGUGGGCUCUAGUCCUCUAGCUACCCCGCUUCUACCCACUGAUAGUGGAGUGGGGGAUAAGCCUGAGAACGCUGCUGCUAAUGGUCCUGAUAAUUUGGACACUCAGGCAGUACUGGAAGUAAUAGGAGAGUCUACUCUAGCUGGAAAUGGGAACACAAUUAUCCCACCUCCGUGACUCUAACUACACCGGAGUUUUGAUUUAGACUUUCAGAUGACACCUACUGGAUUCUAGAAUUGUUUCUAGGACAUUUUCUGGAACGUUCUCCAGGAUUGUGCAUGUUGAAAAGUGAGAUUUGUUGGACGUUUUAGGUCGAUAUUCUGACCAUUGAAACUUUUGAUACCGAAAGAAUAUUGAUCUUCCCUUAUAAAAUAUCAUGAUCAACUACAGUCUGCAUUCUACAAUAUUGUGACUUACUGUGGAAUUUUUUGUUUAUAAAUUUUGCCCGUAUAGCCUCACAGUGAAUUGAUGUCUAUACAAGAUUUGGAGAUGUACAAAAUGUGUGGCUAAUUUAAUACGCUUUAAUUUGAGCAUUAAUUAUCUAGAAGAUGUGGUAUACUUUAAUUUAUUAUUGAAAAGAUGAACUAUAAUUUUUCUUAAAUAAGUUUCCUUUUUCUGGUAGUCGUAAAAGUUAAAAUACAAUAGUAGUCUGUGAGGCUGUGGUAGAGUUUGUUAAUUCAGAAUCGUACGGUUUACCUUUAUACUCUAUUUGCACAUAAACAAUAAAAUAAGUAUUUUUUCGAUAUUUUCCAUCAGAUUAGUACCGACUAAACGUUGAAAUAGUUUUUUUCGUUUUACAGCAUGUGGCACUAUUC